GUGCAGAAGGCUUACUUGAUCUGCAGAGCAGAGCACCAGGCCACCAUGACUGGAGCCGCGUUCUUGCUUCUCUCGCUUUUGCCUGGUGUGUUCGCCGGGUACCCCAAUUGGUGUGCCACAGUCCCUUUUGCAAGCCUUCAGUACGUCCCCGAGUGCCGUGGCUAUGCUGGUUCCACAAACGAACCUGGUGAGCACGCAGCCUGUGCAAAUUGGUGCAAGUGGGUGCCAAUCUCUUCGAUGCACUACACACCGGAUUGCCAUGCUUGCUCCGGGCAGGUGCAGCCAGUUGAAGAACCUGCUGCACCUCUGCCAGGGUGUGCCGAUUGGUGUGGAUGGUCCCCAGCUGCCUCCUGGCAGUACAUGACGCAAUGCCAGGCCUGCGCCCCUGGACAGCAGACUGGAGGGACUCCAUCUACGGCAUGUGCUCAGUGGUGCGGCUGGUCUCCCACAGCAUCUUGGCAGUACAUCCCAGCGUGCCAGGGCUGUGGCGGUACCCGAUCAGGGCCCAACACGAUUUAUCCUUGA